CUCCUGCGUGCGUUUGCACCGUGCACGGCGCCACCACGGGCGGGACGGGAACUGCGCGCAUCGCAUUCGCAUCCCACCUACCCUCGCCGCCUCCGUGCGUCUCCGUCCGUCGACCCCAGAAAUAAAAAGCGCCGCCGCGGUGCCCCUUGCUACGACCGAGGAGCCCAGAGCCAAGACGCUUUUCCCGUGCUGCCGCCCCCUUCCGUUUGGCCAUUGCCGCUGCUCACGAGGCUCUCGAGCGACCUCACCCGCUGACCCGCCCCGCCCAGCAAAGGAGAUAGCGCGUGCAAAGGUAACACGCCGACCCAUCUCCCGUCCUUCUCCCAAGGUUGGAUUCUGCGCGCCCGUUCCUCGUCUCCGCAGUUGGGCAUGGCAUCAUCUGUUACCAUCAGCUCAAUUAGCGCUCAGGCUGGCCUUAUCCCAAAGCCAAGAAACCAUGGUGUCACAAGCUACGCUGGUUUAAGGGCAUCAUCAUCAAUUAGAUUUGAAUUGGAGUCGUCAUUCCUCGGCAGGAAUGCAUCCCUUCAAGCAUCUGUAGCUCCAAGGAUUGUGCCGAAGGCAAAGUCUGGAUCUCAGAUAUCUCCUCAGGCAUCUUACAAAGUUGCAGUACUCGGUGCUGCUGGUGGCAUUGGUCAACCCUUGGGCCUGUUGAUUAAGAUGUCUCCUCUGGUGUCAGAACUGCAUCUGUAUGAUAUUGCAAAUGUCAAGGGAGUUGCUGCAGAUCUUAGCCAUUGCAACACACCUGCUCAGGUUCUGGACUUCACUGGGCCCUCAGAAUUGGCAAACUGCUUGAAAGGCGUGGAUGUUGUUGUCAUCCCUGCCGGGGUUCCAAGGAAGCCAGGCAUGACUCGUGAUGACCUUUUUAACAUCAAUGCGAGCAUUGUCAAGUCACUUGUUGAGGCUGUUGCAGACAAUUGCCCAGAAGCCUUUAUCCAUAUUAUCAGCAACCCUGUGAAUUCCACAGUGCCAAUUGCUGUUGAGGUUCUGAAACAGAAGGGUGUCUACAACCCCAAGAAGCUUUUUGGAGUUACCACCCUUGAUGUUGUCAGGGCUAACACAUUCGUCGCGCAGAAGAAGAACCUCAAGCUCAUUGAUGUCGAUGUCCCAGUUGUGGGUGGUCAUGCCGGGAUAACAAUUUUGCCAUUACUAUCAAAGACCAGGCCAUCUGUCAACUUCACAGAUGAGGAAAUUGAAGAGCUGACAAAGAGGAUACAGAAUGCCGGGACAGAGGUGGUGGAGGCGAAGGCUGGUGCUGGAUCUGCUACCCUGUCCAUGGCCUACGCUGCUGCCAGAUUUGUCGAGUCAUCACUCCGCGCACUGGCUGGCGAUACAGAUGUUUAUGAGUGCACAUUUAUUCAAUCUGAGAUAACUGAUCUGCCAUUCUUUGCAUCAAGGGUUAAGCUUGGGAAAAAUGGUGUUGAAUCUAUCAUUUCUGCCGACCUCGAGGGAGUGACUGAGUACGAGACCAAGGCACUCGAGGCACUGAAGCCUGAGCUGAAAGCCAGCAUUGAGAAGGGAAUUGCGUUCGCGCAUAAACCGCAGGAAGCUGUCGCAUCUGUUUGAAGCGGGUGAAAUGAAAAAUCCACAAAAAGAGAAUAAAGGAAUAAUGGUUCUCGAUGGCUUUUAGUUUUGCAGCCGAGAAUUUUUUGUGUCGACGCGUAGGAAGAUGCUCCAUAUCAUCUAUAAGUAUUGUUUGUUGUUAGUUUCUAAUGAUCACAUGGGGGCGUCGACGCCCCCAAGUUAUCGACUGCUUCCAGGCCUUGUUUAACACACUGCAUAAAUUUUGCCCGUUGUAUAUUGAGGUUGUGUUUGUAGCUUGUUGGAGUUUACAAACUACCCAAGAGCUAAUAAAGCUUUUCUGUGAACGUUGCCUGCAA